AUGAGAGUUCGCGAAGAACAGGAAAACGUUUCCUCCACAUGUUGUCUCUAAUGAAGUCUGCUUAAACAGUCGAGUAUUUAUUACGAAAAUGCGAAUAAAUAAAGGUAAAGGAAAGAAAGACCUUCCUCAAGACCCAGUUAAGAAUUUUGAGAAAUGGAAAAAGAAGCAUGACAAAAAGAAGAAACAGACAACACGGCCGAUGAAGAAACGCGAGUGGGAGAUAGAGAGAGAAAACAUCCAGAAGCUGGUCGCGAAGUACGCAGAGAUAAACCCAAAAGAAGCCAUUAAGUUCUCAGAUUUUCCACUCUCAAAGAAGACUCUAAAAGGACUGUUAGAGGCUCAGUAUCGGCAGCCCACUGAGAUCCAGAGACAGACCAUUGGCUUCGCCCUUCGAGGAAAAGAUGUUUUGGGAGCUGCAAAAACCGGCUCAGGGAAAACUCUGGCUUUUCUCAUUCCUGUGCUGGAGUGUCUGUAUCGUAACCAGUGGACAGCUAUGGACGGUCUCGGCGCUCUUAUAAUAUCUCCCACUCGAGAGUUGGCUUAUCAGACAUUCGAGGUGCUGAGGAAAGUAGGGAAGAACCAUGACUUCUCAGCUGGACUUGUUAUUGGUGGAAAGGACCUCAAGGACGAGUCGCUGAAGAUUCAUCGCACAAACAUCAUCAUUUGCACACCAGGACGUCUGCUACAGCACAUGGAUGAAAAUUCCUCAUUCCACGCCUCAGACCUGCACAUGCUCGUUCUGGAUGAAGCUGACAGAAUUUUAGACAUGGGCUUUGCCGACACGCUCAACGCCAUUGUGGAAAACCUUCCGAAAACCAGACAGACGCUGCUGUUCUCCGCCACGCAGACCAAGUCUGUGAAAGACCUGGCCAGACUCAGCUUGAAGGACCCCGAGUAUGUGUGGGUUCACGAACAGGCCAAAUUCAGCACGCCUGCUACUCUGGAGCAGAGCUACGUAGUGUGCGAGCUGCACGAGAAGGUCAACAUGCUCUUCUCGUUCAUGAGGAGUCACCUGCAGAAGAAGAUUAUUGUCUUCUUCGCUUGUUGCAAAGAGGUGCAGUAUAUGUUCCGCGUGUUCUGCCGGCUGCGGCCCGGUAUCUCGGUGUUGGCCCUGCACGGAAAGCAGCCACAGAUGAAGAGGGUGGAGGUCUACAACGACUUUGUCCGCAAGAAAGCCGCUGUCCUUUUCGCCACGGAUAUUGCGGCAAGAGGACUCGAUUUUCCUGCCGUGAACUGGGUGCUACAGUUUGAUUGCCCGGAGGAUGCCAACACGUACAUCCACAGAGUUGGCAGGACAGCCAGGUAUAAGGAAGGAGGAGAAGCCUUGCUCAUACUUCUGCCCUCGGAGGAGAAAGGCAUGAUCGCUCAGCUUCAGGAGAAAAAAGUUCCCAUCAACAAGAUCCAGGUGAACCCAGAGAAGCUGACGUGCGUGCGGCAGAAGCUGGAGGCCUUCCUGGCCCAGGAGAAGGAGCAGAAGGAGAGAGCUCAGAGGUGUUUUGUGUCUUACCUUCGCUCCGUCUUUUUGAUGAAGAACAAGGAUGUGUUUGACGUGUUUCAGCUAAAACUCCCAGAAUAUGCCACGUCUCUGGGUCUAGCUGUCCCCCCACGGGUGCGUUUCCUGAAUAAAGCUCAGAAACAGAAGGAUGAAGUGACGCAGGAGAUAAGUACUGCAGCUGACGCUGACUCUGACGAGGAGCUAAAGAGCUUUAAAUCCCAGUUUAAAAAAGACCAAAGUAGCAGCUCUGAAUCUCAGUCUGAAGAUGAGGACGACGAAGAGGAAGACAGUGACGAGGAAGAAGAGCAGGUGAAAUCUGGAGGCCAGUUCUGCAGUACUGAUGAUGACGAUGAAGAUCUGAAGGAUAUGGACCUACUGACAGUUAAACGGAAAGAUGUGUUUAAUGUCAGUGAAAACCAGGAGGAGGAAGAGGAUUUCAACGGCAAGAGCAAAAAAGUGUCCAAGUUUAAGGAAGCAAAGAAAGCUCAAAAGAGAAACUUUAAAGUGAACACCAAGAAGGUCUUCAGUGAGGAUGGAGAGGUGGUGCAGCAGUGGCCUCCGCUACAGAGGGCCGUAGUGCCAGAUGACGAAGACGACAAUGACGACGAGGAGGACACUGCAGGCAUUAACGUGGAAGCAGCAAAAGAACGACUGCGCAGGGAGGAUCAAGAGUUUGACAAGAAGGAAUACAGCAGGAAGAUUAAAGAGAAACACCGGGAGAAAAGACUGAAGGAGAAGGCGGCACGUAGAGAAGCAAGCAAGCAGGCUAAAGAGGAGAAAAAAAAGAAGGCUGGUGUUGAGGAUGGAGAUGAAGAUGAUGAUGAUGAUGAUAAGGAGGAGGUGGUGGCGUACCUGUCAGGCGCUGAUGAUGAGUUUGACCCCAGCACUCUUCCCGACCCUGACACAGUGCGCAAUUCAGAUAACGAAAGCAGUGAUGGCUCUGAGCUUGCGGGGAGGAAGAGGACUCACAGCAGUAGUGAAGAUGAUGAUGAUGAUGACGACGACGCCACACACUCGGGAAGAGGGAGGAAAAGGAACAGAUCAGAAGCUGCGCCUCUGGACACUGGUCUCUCCCUGGCGGAGGAUGAGGAACUGGUGCUGCAGUUGCUGGGAGGCCAGAGUUAGACUGUUUUCACCGAAUGUACGACCAUGUGACUGUGAUCACAACUUCCCUCACCUCACACUUUUCAUAUAAUUGACUCUAAUUAUUACAUUUCUACAUCGUGGGACUUGUUUAUCUUUGUUUUUGUGAAAUAAAAUUAACGAUGGACAAAG